AUGUCAGUCUACUACAGUGCGGAAUCUAAAUUGCCAUCAGUCAUAGAUUCAUCUCUUGUUGACGAAUUUAUUAUUGGAAAUUGCCCAAGCCAUUCAACUAGAAAAAUUCUCUUAGACUGUACACUAGUACCUCAAAUAAAAGAAGAGCAAGAAGAUAAAGGAAAAGAAAAUCAUCCAAUUGAAACAAAUAACAAUGAUAAAGAAUCAGUCACCUUGAGUGCAUCUUUGAAUCAAAUAAAAGAGAUUGAAGAAGAAUUGAUUUUAUAUAGAAAUACUAUCUACGCUGAAAAGCUUGAAGCUUUACAAGAUGAAUUAACAUGUAUAGAAAAAGAACAAAUAGGCACACAUAAAACAAUAAGGGAGCAAGAUAGAAUCUUGUCAAAAAGAAGAAGGAAAGAAUUAACAAAUAUUGAAAUAAUGUAUGAAUAUGAAUUAAGCCAACUUGAUAACCGAGUUGAAUAUGAAAAAUCACUUAGAAAAUCAGUCUUUGCAAGACAAAUACUUGAUGCAGAGAAUAAUAACAUUCAUUUUCAUCCCAAGAAAAAGAUAAAAACGACCGGAAAUGAAGAAGAACAAGCAAACGCUUUUAUUCUAUCUUCUUCAUAUUCAGACACUGAAGAAGAUAUAAUAAAUAAUCAUAAUAAUAAAAGAUCCAUAUUCAGAAGGAUACAUUUAAAGAAGAAAGUAGAAAAAUUAGUAGCUAUUCAAGAUCGACAUAAAACUGUAAAUUUAAAUAAAAAAUUAAUCAAUCAUCCUCAACAAGACAGUUUGACAGAAAAUGAAGAAGAGACAGAAAAUGACUUUUUAAGAAUUAAACAGUCUAUAAUAAACACAAAAACACAAUUAUGUUUCGCAUAG